GUUAGUGGUCACGUGGUGUGUGUGUUACGUCCGGUCACGUGGUGGGAUAAUGGCGGAAGUGGGGGGGGCGGCGGAACCGGGGCCAUGGAGGAGCCCGGCCCCGGUUCGGCCGCGGAGAGUCCGGUGGAGCGAGGAGAGACCGGAACCGGAACCGGAACCGGAGGGGACCCCCUUCGUGGUGCCUACACGUCCUUUAUGAAAUCCCAUCGCUGUUACGACCUCAUCCCCACCAGCUCCAAACUCGUCGUCUUUGACACCUCCCUGCAGGUAAAGAAGGCUUUCUUUGCUCUGGUCACUAAUGGAGUGAGGGCAGCUCCGUUAUGGGACAGCAAAAAGCAGAGCUUUGUGGGGAUGCUCACCAUCACUGACUUCAUCAACAUCCUGCACCGUUACUACCGCUCGCCCCUGGUUCAGAUCUACGAGCUGGAGGAGCACAAAAUAGAGACGUGGAGAGAGGUGUAUCUGCAGGACUCCUUCAAGCCUUUGGUCUGCAUCUCCCCCAACGCCAGCCUUUUUGACGCCGUUUCCUCCCUGAUCCGCAAUAAGAUCCAUCGUCUCCCCGUCAUCGACCCCGACUCGGGCAACACUUUGUACAUCCUGACCCACAAACGCAUCCUCAAGUUCCUCAAACUCUUUAUUGCUGAGGUUCCGAAGCCUGAAUUUAUGGGUCGGACUUUGGAGGAGCUUCGGAUCGGAACCUACAGCAACAUCGCGGUGGUCAAUACCAGCACCCCCAUCUACGUGGCCCUGGGCAUCUUUGUGCAGCACCGAGUGUCCGCUCUGCCCGUGGUCGAUGAUUCAGGGCGGGUGGUGGAUAUCUACUCCAAGUUUGAUGUUAUCAACUUGGCAGCAGAGAAAACCUACAACAACCUGGACGUGACGGUGACGCGGGCGCUGCAGCAUCGCUCCCAUUACUUCGAAGGGGUCCUUAAAUGCUACAAGCACGAGACGUUGGAAGCCAUCAUCAACCGCCUGGUGGAGGCCGAGGUGCAUCGUUUGGUGGUGGUGGAUGAGAGCGACGUGGUGAAGGGCAUCGUGUCCCUGUCCGACAUCCUCCAGGCCCUGGUUCUCCCUGAGGGUUCUGAGCCCUGAAUGGUGCCAUGGGGGGGGGGGGGUUCUGCCCAUCCUGGUGCCCCCCACCCACCCUUGGGGGGAGGUUUUGGGGGGGUCCCAUUGACCAACACCAGCAGCAUCAGCAGCAAUAACCGCCAGCUAUAGGGCAGGGCUGGCCGCUGCCCCCCCCCCAACACUGGGCACUGUGGUUUGGGCAGCCCCCAGCCCCACACUGUGGUUUGGGCAGCCCCCAGCCCCACACUGUGUGCUCCCUAUGAGCCCCACUGAGUGAGUGGGGCGGGGGGGGGGGGCAGCCCUAUAGAGGUUUAUCCCCCCCACCCCACUCUGCUCCAUCCCCCCCCCCUCGCUGCCACCGCUUUGUAUGCAGAGAAAUGGCAAAUAAACACAGAGCUGGCACCAA